AUAUCCCAGAGGCCCCCGCGCCGCGGCUCCAGCGGCUGCCGCCUCGGCUCCUCCACAGCGACGGCGGCGGCCGCGGCUGAGACGGUGGCGGCGGCGCCGGCGGCUGCGGGCUGAGCGGCGAGUUUCCGAUUUAAAGCUGAGCUGCGAGGAAAAUGGCGGCGGGCGGAUCAAAAUACUUGAUGAACAGUGGACUCAGAGACCAAUAAAAAUAAACUACUUGAACAUCGUUUGACUGGCUAGCCAGUUGCUGAUGUAUAUUCAAGAUGAGUGGAUUAGGAGAAAACUCCUUGGAUCCACUGGCCACUGAUUCACGAAAACGCAAAUUGCCAUGUGAUACUCCAGGACAAGGUCUUACCUGCAGUGGUGAAAAGAGGAGACGGGAGCAGGAGAGUAAAUACAUUGAAGAAUUGGCUGAACUGAUAUCUGCUAAUCUUAGUGAUAUCGACAAUUUCAAUGUCAAACCAGAUAAAUGUGCGAUUUUAAAGGAAACAGUAAGACAGAUACGUCAGAUAAAAGAGCAAGGGAAAGCUAUUUCCAAUGAUGACGAUGUUCAGAAAGCUGAUGUAUCUUCUACAGGACAGGGAGUUAUUGAUAAAGACUCCUUAGGACCACUUUUACUUCAGGCUUUGGAUGGUUUCCUGUUUGUGGUGAAUCGAGAUGGGAACAUUGUAUUUGUGUCAGAAAAUGUGACACAAUACCUGCAAUAUAAGCAGGAGGACCUGGUUAACACAAGUGUCUACAAUAUCUUGCAUGAAGAAGACAGAAAGGAUUUCCUUAAAAACUUACCAAAAUCUACAGUUAAUGGAGUUUCCUGGACAAAUGAGACGCAGAGACAAAAAAGCCAUACAUUCAAUUGCCGUAUGUUGAUGAAAACACAUGAUAUGCUGGAAGACAUAAACACCAGUCCUGAAAUACGCCAGAGAUAUGAAACAAUGCAGUGCUUUGCCUUGUCUCAGCCACGAGCUAUGAUGGAGGAAGGGGAAGAUUUGCAAUCCUGUAUGAUCUGUGUGGCACGCCGCAUUACUACAGGUGAAAGAGCAUUUCCAUCAAAUCCUGAGAGCUUUAUUACUAGACACGACCUUUCAGGAAAGGUUGUCAAUAUAGAUACAAAUUCACUGAGAUCAUCCAUGAGGCCUGGCUUUGAAGAUAUAAUCCGAAGGUGUAUUCAAAGAUUUUUUAGUCUUAAUGAUGGGCAGUCAUGGUCCCAGAAACGUCACUAUCAAGAAGCUUACAUCCAUGGCCAUGCAGAAACCCCAUUGUAUCGAUUCUCGUUGGCUGAUGGCACUAUAGUGACGGCACAAACAAAAAGCAAACUCUUCCGAAAUCCCGUAACAAAUGAUCGUCAUGGCUUUGUCUCAACUCAUUUUCUUCAGAGAGAACAAAAUGGGUAUAGACCAAACCCAAAUCCUGUUGGACAAGGCAUUAGACCUCCUGCAGCUGGAUGCAGUAAUUCAGUAGGUGGCAUGAGCAUGUCGCCAAACCAAGGCUUACAGAUGCUAAGCAACAGGGCCUAUGGCAUGGCAGAUCCCAGCACCACAGGGCAGAUGAGUGGAACUAGGUAUGGGGGCUCCAGUAACAUAGCUUCACUGACUCCUGGGCCAGGCAUGCAGUCACCAUCUUCCUACCAGAACAACAGCUAUGGGCUCAGCAUGAGUAGUCCCCCACAUGGGAGUCCUGGUCUUGGCUCCAACCAGCAGAAUAUCAUGAUUUCUCCUCGUAAUCGAGGGAGUCCAAAGAUGGCUUCACAUCAGUUUUCUCCUGUUGCAGGUGUGCACUCUCCCAUGGGAUCUUCUGGUACUACUGGGAGCCACAACUUUUCCAGCAGCUCUCUCAGUGCCCUGCAAGCCAUCAGUGAGGGCGUGGGGACUUCUCUUUUAUCUACUCUGUCAUCACCAGGCCCCAAAUUGGAUAACUCUCCCAAUAUGAAUAUAACUCAACCAAGUAAAGUAAGCAGUCAGGAUUCUAAGAGUCCUCUAGGCUUGUACUGUGACCAAAAUCCAGUGGAGAGUUCAAUGUGUCAGUCAAAUAGCAGGGAUCACCUCAGUGACAAAGAAAGUAAGGAGAGCAGUGUUGAAGGGUCAGAGAAUCAAAGGGGUCCUUUGGAAAGCAAAGGUCACAAAAAAUUACUACAGUUACUUACCUGUUCUUCUGAUGACCGGGGUCAUUCCUCCUUGACCAAUUCCCCACUGGAUUCAAGUUGUAAAGACUCUUCCAUUAGUGUCACCAGCCCCUCUGGAGUCUCCUCAUCGACAUCUGGAGGAGUGUCCUCCACAUCCAAUGUGCACGGGUCACUGUUGCAAGAGAAGCAUCGCAUUUUGCACAAGUUGCUGCAGAAUGGGAAUUCGCCAGCUGAAGUAGCCAAGAUUACUGCAGAAGCCACUGGGAAAGACACGAGCAGUACAACUUCUUGUGGGGAAGGAAAUGUCAAGCAGGAGCAGCUAAGUCCUAAGAAGAAGGAGAAUAAUGCACUUCUUAGAUAUCUACUGGACAGGGAUGAUCCUAGUGAUACGCUUUCUAAAGAACUACAGCCCCAAGUGGAAGGAGUGGAUAAUAAAAUGAGUCAGUGUAGCAGUUCCACCAUUCCUAGCUCAAGUCAAGAGAAAGACCCUAAAAUUAAGACGGAAACAAGUGAAGAGGGAUCUGGAGACUUGGACAAUCUAGAUGCUAUUCUUGGUGAUCUGACUAGUUCUGACUUUUACAAUAAUUCCAUAUCCACAAAUGGUAGUCAUCUGGGGAGCAAGCAACAAAUAUUUCAAGGAAGUAAUUCGCUGGCAGGUCUGAGAAGUCCACAGUCUGUGCAGUCCAUUCGUCCUCCAUAUAACCGAGCAGUGUCUCUAGAUAGCCCUGUUUCUGUUGGCUCCAGUCCUCCAGUAAAGAAUAUUAGUGCUUUCCCCAUGGUAACAAAGCAACCCAUGUUGGGUGGGAAUCCAAGAAUGAUGGAUAGUCAAGAAAAUUAUGGCUCCAAUAUGGGUGGACCAAAUAGAAACGUGGCUUUGCACCAGACUCCUUCUACAGAAGACUGGGGCUUGCCAAACUCGAAGGCCAGCAGAAUGGAACCUAUGAAUUCAAACUCCAUGGGAAGACCAGGAGGAGAUUAUAAUGUGUCUUUACCCAGACCUGCAGUGGGUAGCUCCAUGCCUACCUUGCCUCUUCGGUCUAAUAGCAUACCGGGUGCAAGACCAAUGUUGCAGCAGCAGCAGCAGCAGCAGCAGCAACAGCAGCAGCAGCAGCAGCUGCUUCAAAUGAGGCAUGGUGAGAUUCCCAUGGGAAUGGGGAUCAAUCCCUAUGGCCAAGCAGCAGCAUCUAACCAACCGGGUUCCUGGCCAGAUGGCAUGUUGUCUAUGGAAGGUCCUCACGGGACUCAAAAUAGGCCCAUUCUUAGAAAUUCCCUGGAUGAUCUUGUUGGGCCACCUUCUAACCUGGAAGGCCAGAGUGAUGAAAGGGCAUUAUUGGACCAGCUGCACACUCUUCUGAGUAACACAGAUGCCACAGGACUGGAAGAAAUUGACAGAGCUUUGGGCAUUCCUGAACUUGUAAAUCAGGGACAGGCUUUGGAGCCCAAACAGGAUGCUUUCCAAGGCCAAGAAGCAGCAGUAAUGAUGGAUCAGAAGGCAGCAUUAUAUGGACAAACCUACCCAGCACAGGGGCCUCCAAUGCAAGGAGGCUUUAAUCUUCAGGGACAAUCACCAUCUUUUAACUCUAUGAUGAAUCAGAUGAACCAGCAAGGCAAUUUUCCCCUUCAAGGAAUGCACCCUAGGGCCAACGUCAUGAGGCCUCGGACAAACACCCCCAAGCAACUUAGAAUGCAGCUUCAGCAAAGGCUGCAGGGCCAGCAGUUUUUGAAUCAGAGCCGGCAGGCACUUGAAAUGAAAAUGGAAAACCCUACCACCGGUGGUGCCGCAGUGAUGAGGCCCAUGAUGCAGCCCCAGGUGAGCUCCCAGCAGGGUUUUCUUAAUGCCCAGAUGGUUGCCCAACGCAGCAGAGAGCUGCUGAGCCAUCACUUCCGACAGCAGAGGGUGGCGAUGAUGAUGCAGCAACAGCAGCAGCAACAGCAGCAGCAACAGCAGCAGCAGCAGCAGCAGACGACCCAGGCCUUCAGCCCACCCCCUAACGUGACUGCUUCUCCCAGCAUGGAUGGGGUUUUGGCCGGACCUGCAAUGCCACAGGCUCCCCCACAGCAGUUCCCAUAUCCUCCAAGUUAUGGAAUGGGGCAACCACCAGAUCCAGCCUUCGGUCGAGUGUCUAGUCCUCCUAACACAAUGAUGUCUUCAAGAAUGGGCCCCUCCCAGAACCCCAUGGUGCAGCACCCUCAGGCUGCGCCCAUGUAUCAGCCCUCAGACAUGAAGGGCUGGCCGUCAGGAAACUUGGCCAGGAACAGCUCCUUUUCCCAGCAGCAGUUUGCCCACCAGGGGAAUCCUGCAGUAUAUAGCAUGGUGCACAUGAAUGGCAGCAGUGCUCACAUGGGACAGAUGAACAUGAACUCCAUGCCCAUGUCUGGCAUGCCCAUGGGUCCUGAUCAGAAAUACUGCUGACAUCUCUGCACCAGGAGGACCUCUAAGGAAAUCACUGUACAAAUGACACUGCACUAGGAUUAUUGGGAAGGAAAAGAAUCACUGUUGUAGGCAUCCCACUUUGAAGAAAGCACCAGCUUUGAUCUCUGCUAAGGGUAUUCUACGUGAUGUCAUUUGAGCAGGACUGGAUUUUAAGCUGAAGCGCAAUAUCUACCUGUUUUUUUCCCUUCUCCUCCUGUGUAUCAUGGUAUUCAAAACAAAUAUUUUUGGCAUUCCGCCCCCUAGGGAUGUGAUUCUGGCUGGAGAUAUGGAGUGUUACUGAUCACAAAACUUUCCUGUGACACUUUUUUCUGCCUUACUAGCCAAAGUCUUUCACAUAAAUUUGGUGGUGGUGGUGGGGGGUGGUGGCGGCAGAGAACAUUGGAGAAAUCAAGGGAAAUUAGAACAUCUGGUUUCUCUAGUUGCAGUAUUGGACAAAGAACAUAGUCCCAGUUUUCAAGUGUUUUUGUCACUACCAAGUAGUUCUGUGUUGACCCCUUGUCUGGUAGAAUUGGAAUUUCUGAAUUCUUAUCCAUUACUGAUGGUGUUGAGUUGCUCUGUCCCCAUUCUUUGUUGUCCUAGGCUUUCGACUAAUGAAGAUUUUCAUUUGCCUCUAAUGUCCUGUAAUACUUCACUUCCAGGAAUUGUUGAUUUCAAAUGGCUUUGCAGAAGGGAAAAUGAGAUGACAGUAUUUAAUUGCAGCAGUAGCAAAUUUUUCACAUGCUAAUGUGCAGCUUGAGUGCACUUUAUUUAAGAAGUAAUGGAUAAAUGCAAUAUUCUUGAGGUCUUGAGGAAUGAUAAAACACAUUCCUGGUUUUUGUCUACACUAAUCUGUUGGACAAAAGCUGUGUUUUUUUUUUUUUUUUUUUUUUUUAAGUACUGGUGU